AUGCUUCUGUUAACGGAGACUGCGGCUGGUUACGGCCUUUUUCGUCUGAAGAACGAAAAGCUGUUGGCUGCAGAAAAAGAUGACAUCGCAAAAGCUUUCACUGAUUCUGGGUGCCAGGAGAAUGCUGAGAUGCUCGCUUUCAGCAAAUUCAAGGUGACGAGGCUUUUAUAAUUUGACUAAUGUUCUUGCGAUCUAGCCUCGAUCUAGCGUAGUGUAUUGGCGCCCCUAGUACUCUUUCGUAGCAUGAAAAACUACAUCACGGCUUCCGCCUUCAACCACGCUACCUCAUGAGAUUUAGCCAAAUCCCCACACAACCAAAACAGGACACGAAAAUGGCCUUGGAAGAAAGUGCAGCUCUCAUCGAGAGUAAAAUGGGAAGCCAGUUGAAGAAAUUCUUGAAGAAAAAUGUCGUCGAAAAGAAUCUAAGCGAAGAAUUGUCCGUCAUCGAUUCCAAGUUGGGAAGCAUCAUCAAAGAGAAAUUCGGUACUUUAACUUUUCGAUGAUCAUGUAGUUUUAGAUGUUUUACUGUUUUUUGUUUUAUACUUCCUUGUCACUCAGUAUUUUUUAUUUCCAAUAUUUUCUUCUACAUUUUUUAUUUUUUCGAACUACAACUACAACAUGACUAAAAGUAAACAAAUAAUCCCUAAUCACUAUGAACACAGGUAUCUCCGUCGCCGUCUCUGAGCAGACUAAGGAAUUGCAGCGUGCUUUGCGUUUCAAUAUCGAGGAGUUGCUGUCCGAUAUCACCAAGGAGCAAACCAAGCAGAUGGAAGUGUCUCUCGCCCAUGCCAUGAGUCGUUUUAAGCUGAAGUUCUCCCCAGACAAAGUGGACAUCAUGAUCAUCCAGGCCAUUGGCUUGCUUGACGACUUGGACAAAGAUUUGAACAACUUUGCCAUGCGCCUCAAGGAGUGGUACGGAUGGCACUUCCCAGAAAUGGCCAAGAUUCUCACUGACACAUUGGUCUACGCCAAAGCGGUGAAACUGAUGGGUAUGCGAGGCAACUGCAAGAACACGGACUUCUCCCAGAUCGACAUCCCGGAAGAAAUCGAGAACGAACUGAAGCGAGCGGCAGAAACCAGUUACGGAACGGAAGUGACCUCAGAAGAUAUGGAGCAUAUCAACAGCCUGACGGAGAGGGUCAUCCAGCUGUUGGAAUACAGGACGCAAUUGAGCAACUACUUGAAGGUACUCACAAAGAACGACGAAUACUUAAAGAACUUUGUUUAUUUUUUUUGACCAUUGUUUGAACAAUUUCCUUGCAGUUUAUUUCAACAAACUCUUCAGAAGUGAGAGUAAUACAUAGCAUUUUAAGUACAUCCUGAUUUUCGUCGUCACUAGCCAUUUUGGGAACAUAUGUCCAGUACUAGCUUUCAACAACCACGAACAUCAUCCCCAAUUUCCCAAUUUUCCAAAACUCAUCAACAGACUCGCAUGUCCGCGAUCGCACCAAACUUGACAUACCUUGUCGGCGAACUCAUCGGAGCACGACUUAUCAGUCAUGCCGGUUCCUUGCUUUCUUUGUCGAAGCACCCGGCUUCAACAGUCCAGGUCCUAGGAGCAGAGAAAGCGCUUUUCAGGGCAAUGAAGACGAAGAGCAACACACCGAAAUAUGGUCCUACUACUACUAAGUCAUGAGACUUCUUUCACACCUCGUCCUUGAUAUACAUAGCUGCUCGUAGUAGAAAGCUUUUUUCCAACGAACAAGAUUUGGAGACCGAUCAUGUCAAAAUGAGUACAUCUUCCAGAUGGUUGGUACUUUGUCACCAAGCAACACACCAAGAAUUCUCUUCACUCUCCAGGUUUGAUCUACCACGCUUCUUUGAUCGGAAAGUCAGCAAACAAGUUCAAGGGAAAAAUUUCCCGAGUCUUGGCGGCGAAGAUGGCAUUGGCGAUCAGGGUUGAUGCUCUAGGCGAAGACACCGAGGCCACAGUGGCUAAGGCUUUUAAGGACUACGUCGAGAGAAAAGUAGCUGCCUGUGAGGACGGCGACGACUUGGCGGCCAGCAAGCGACACCUGAAGAAAGCGGCAAACCAAAGCGUGGCCGUUGCCAAAAAAGCGACCGCAGAGGCUGGAAGUAACGGUGUGUACAACCAGGACGCCGAUGUAGUGAAGAACAAGCGACCAGCGGAGGAAGAAGCAGCGGCAGUAGAUGGAGAACCGGCAAAGAAGAAAAAGAAGAAGAACAAAGAGAAGGGAGCGAGCGCUAAGCCGAUUGAAGCUUAAGAAAUUGGAGGUUUUGUACUACUAGCUAGAAGAUGUUGAACAUGAAGAAAAUGCUCGUUCCUACUGCUUCUAGGUGACAAGGAGGGAGGAUUUCUUUGCAACUACACUUAGUAGAGAUUUAUUAUUCUUCUAUAACUGUACUUGUUCUUAUAUGAAGAUGUUCUUGCAAAUUCACUUUCAAAUAUAAUGAACAAAAGACGAGCACUUUUUUUCGCACGAUGAAUGAUGAACAAAAUGAACUUUUUCGCAUUAGGUAUAACUUCACUGAUUCGCAAAAUAAUGAACUUUUUUCGUUUUGGCAAUGAACUUUUAUCUUCACUAUCUAUGAUGCAUUCUGGGCGAGCUGAAAAUUCUAGGUCAGAAGGAGUCCCAGAAUCAUUUUGCACCAUGAAAGAUCGAUCAUCGAUCUAUUUAUCAUCUCAAUACAUAGGUAGCACUUCAACAACUUUAUUCUAGUUACAAUACAUCACACAGUAAAGCAUCAGAAGAUUCUAUUUCGAAUCUUCCGAAGGAGAUCGGGGUUCCGAAAAUUGCACAACGUACGCUGGCAAAAGAUUAUUGCACGAAUAUUUUCGUCGGACAAAGAACACAUCAGAUAGUUUUACUAAAGUAACUAGAAAACGGGACGCCUCAGGGAAAACACACAAAGUAUGUGCAACG